GAGCAUGCUCAGUGUCGCCCAGGACCGAAUUCGCUUCGGUUUCCAGCGCUGGGCGUCGGGUCAAGUUUUUUUGGGCGAACCCCACCCUCCGCCGCUCCUCCCCCCUCCCCCCCGCAGCUGGUUUCCGGUGGGGCCGCGGCGGGGCUCGGCGCUUGGAGAUUGGCAGGUCUCCUAAGAUGGCGGACGCAGGCGACGGAGCCGGAGGGAUGGCUGGAGCGGGAGGCGCUGCCCCCCCUGCGAAACCCUCGGAGUUGGCCAGGUGGUGGGACGAGAAGCUUGACUUUCAUACUGCCUUUCUUCAGCAUCUGGCAAAAGUUGUUCCCGACAUUUAUUUUGAUGAAAUGGACCCCUUGCCAGAGAAAGAGGAAGAAAUAGCUCAGAUGACCAUUCUUUACCCUCUGGAGUGGUAUCUGUUUGGUGAAGAUCCAGAUAUCUGUCUAGAGAAGCUACGGCAGAGUGGCACUCCUCAGCUCUGUGGAAAGGUGUUCAAAGGUGGAGAGACAACAUAUUCAUGCAGAGACUGUGCGAUUGAUCCAACUUGUGUACUCUGCAUGGAUUGUUUCCAAAACAGCAUUCACAAAAACCACCGUUACAAGAUGCACACUUCUACUGGAGGAGGUUUUUGUGAUUGUGGAGAUACAGAAGCAUGGAAGACUGGACCGCUGUGUACAAAUCAUGAGCCUGGAGCAGCAGGAAGCACGGAAGAGAACAUGGAAUGCCAGUUGAAUGAAGAGCAAAUAGCGCAAGCAAGAAAAAUGUUCCCUUCAGUGAUAAAAUAUAUUGUAGAUAUGACUGUUUGGGAGGAAGAGAAGGAGCUGCCUCCAGAGCUUAUAACUAGUAGAGAGAAGCUGGACAAAUACUACUGUGUCCUUUUCAAUGAUGAACAUCAUUCUUAUGACCAUGUUAUCUAUAGCCUACAAAGAACUCUUGGCUGUGAGCUUGGAGAAGCCCAGAUAUAUACUGCUGCUAUAGAUAAAGAGGGCCGCAAGGCUGUUAAGGCAGGAUCAUAUGCUGUUUGCCAGGAAGCAAAAGAAGAGAUUAAGAAACAUUCAAACAAUGUUUCCCAAGGUCCCCUAAAUGUUAAGGUUCUUCAUGCUGAUAUUAUGGCUCACCAGAAAUUUGCUCUGCGUCUUGGUUCCUGGUUAAACAAACUUAUGAGCUACUCAAGUGACUUUCGUCAGAUCUUUUGUCAAAUAUGUCUAAAAGAAGAAAUUGAUUCAGAGAAGCCUUGUCUUAUAAGCACGUUGAUGCUUUGGGAUGCAAAACUUUACAAAGGAGCCAGGAAGAUCUUGCAUGAACUAAUCUUCAGCAGUUUUUUCAUGGAAAUGGAGUACAAAAAAAGGUUUGCCAUGGAAUUUGUUAAGCAUUACAAAAAACUACAGAGUGAAUACAUCAGUGAUGAUCAUGAAAGGCAAAUUUCUGUGACAGCACUUUCAGUUCAGAUGUUCACCGUUCCUACAUUGGCCCGCCAUCUCAUUGAAGAGCAAAAUGUCAUCUCUGUCAUAACAGAGACACUGCUUGAAGAGCUCCCCAAAUAUCUGGAUAAAAAUGGCAAAUUCAACUUCCAGGAUUACAGCCAAGAGAAAAUGGGUCGAGUGUAUGCAGUCAUAUAUGACCUCAAGUAUAUUUUAAUCAGUAAGCCUACAGUGUGGACAGACAAACUGCGAGAGCAGUUUUUGGAAGGGUUCCGUUCUUUCCUGAAGAUUCUUAUUUGCAUGCAGGGCAUGGAGGAAAUAAAAAGGCAAGUUGGUCAGCACAUUGAGGUGGAUCCAGAUUGGGAAGCAGCCAUUGUCAUCCAGAUGCAACUGAAGAUUAUUCUCCUGAUGUUUCAGGAGUGGUGUGCCUGCGACGAAGCACUGCUGGUGACUGCUUACAAGGAAUGCCAUGCAACAGUGUUGAGAUGUAGUGCAAGUAAUUAUUCAUGGGACAAGACAGUGAUUCAUUUAUGUGGCCAUACUUUGGAAAGCAAGCGCUUCAGGGUAUCUGCAGAUCCUGUCAGCAUACAUCUACCAUUGUCCAGGAUGCUUGCUGGUCUGCACAUACAGUUGAGCAAAACAAAUGUAAUCUCCAGACUCCAAGAAUUCAUAACAUCUGAAGAAUUCCAGGUGCAGAUGUUGGUAGAAUAUCCUUUGCGUUGUCUAGUAUUGGUUGCUCAGGUUGCUGCAGAAAUGUGGAGAAGGAAUGGGCUGUCUCUGAUAAGCCAGAUGUUUUAUUAUCAGGAUGUUAAAUGUCGAGAAGAAAUGUAUGAUAAGGAUAUAAUUUUCCUUCAGAUUGGGGCAUCUCUUAUGGAUCCAAACAGUUUCCUCUUGCUUGUACUCCAACGAUAUGAACUGCUUGAUGCCUUUAAGAGAAUUGUGCCAACCAAAGACCAGGAUUUGAAUAAGCAGUGUAACACAUUAAUAGAAGAGAUGCUUCAAGUUCUUAUCUACGUGGUGGGAGAAAGAUAUGUGCCAGGAGUCAGUAAUGUGACAAAAGAUGAUGUUACUAUGCGAGAAAUUAUUCAUCUACUUUGCAUUGAACCAAUGGCCCACAGUGCUAUCGCAAAAUCUUUGCCCAAGGAUGAAAACAAUGAGACUGGUUUGGAGAAGGUCAUCCACAAAGUGGCCAUAUUCAAGAAACCAGGCGUAUCAGGCCAUGGAGUCUAUGAACUGAAGGAAGAAUGCCGCAGAGAGUACAAUAUAUUCUUUUACCAUUACACCAAAACACAGCGCAGCAAGGCUGAGCAUAUGGAAAAGAAAAGACGAGUCCAAGAAAACAGAGAUGAAGCACUGCCGCCGCCUCCUCCGCCUGAAUUCAGUGCUGCUUUCAGAAAUGUGGUGAACGUUCUGAAUUCUGAUGUCAUGAUGCAUAUUCUCAGAACUGUGUUGCAAAGAGCGCUAGAGCUAGAAAGCCACCUGUGGACAGAAGCCAUGAUCCAGAUGGUUCUUCACCUUCUUGCUUUGGGUCUACUUGAAGAAAAGCAGCAAUUAGAGAAGGUUCCAGAGGAAGAAGUGGCCUUUGACUUCUACCACAAAGCAUCAAGAAUGGGAAGCUCUGCUUUGAAUGCAAUGAACAUACUAAUGAUUUUGGAAAAACUAAAAGGAAUUCAACCGUUGGAAUCGCAAAAAGACAUGAUCAACUGCGUAUUACAGAUGUUUGACGCAAUAAAACGGCUGAGAGAGAAGUCAUCUUUUCCCACAGCAGCCAUUGCAUCUGGGCCAGAAUCUGCAAAAGCCAACGAGAUGCAAAGAACUCAGGACAAGGAAAAGGCUGAGAGGAAGAGAAAGGCUGAGGCAGCCAGACUUCAUCGCCAGAAGAUCAUGGCCCAGAUGUCUGCUUUGCAGAAGAACUUCAUUGAAACUCACAAGCUCUUAUAUGAAAAUACUCAAGAAACACAAGGAAGGGAUGUUAUGGAAGAGGAGAGCCCACCAAUUAUAGAUUAUUCCAGAAUUGCCUUGGGACCCAAGCAAGGGCCAUCUGUUGCAGAAAAAGAAGUGCUGACAUGUAUUCUGUGUCAGGAAGAGCAGGAAGUGAGGUUAGAGUGUGCUGCCAUGGUUUUAUCUGCCUGUGUCCAGAGAUCCACUGCCUUAACCCAACAUAGAGGGAAAAUGCUUGAACUUUCUGGGGAUAAAAUAGAUCCUCUUUUCAUGGAUCCUGACUUGUCAUGUGGAACUCAUACAGGAAGUUGCGGUCAUGUGAUGCAUGCUGCCUGCUGGCAGAAGUACUUUGAAGCCAUUCAGUUAAACUCUCGGCAACGACAUCAUGUCGAACAAGUUUUUGAUUUGGAGAAUGGAGAGUAUCUCUGCCCACUUUGCAAAUCUCUGUGCAACACUGUGAUACCAAUUCUUCCUUUGCAAAUGCACAAGAUAAACAGUGAGGAUGCUGAGGUGGUGGUUCAGCUUCUACCUUUGACAAAAUGGAUAGAGAUUGUCAUGGCCAGGAUAUCUGGUUACAACAGGAAAAACACUGAAGAAGCAAAACAGAUUGCUCCAUCUUUACGUGACAGAGAAAUGGAAGAGACUUCAUCUGAUUUCCAUUCCAUUCUUAGCUUUGGAGUAGAUCCUUUAGUUAAGUAUUCUAAUAGUAUCAAGGAGAUGGUGGUUCUAUUUGCCACUGCAAUUUACAGAAUUGGAUUAAAAGUUGCACCCAAUGAAACUGAUCCACGCAUUCCUAUGAUGACUUGGAGCACAUGUGCGUUUACUAUCCAGUGUUUAGAGAAUCUUCUGGAAGACGAGGGCAAGCCUUUAUUUGGUUCUCUGCAAAACCGACAGCACAGUGGUCUUAAAGCAUUGCUGCAGUUUACAGUUGCUCAGAGGAUUACAUUGCCACAAAGCCUGAUCCAGCAACAUCUUGUACGUCUCCUAGGAGUUCUUCUGCCCAGUUUAAAAGUAGAAGACACACCAUCCCUUCUAGACGUGGAUCUGUUUCAUGUUUUGGUUGGUGCUGUGUUAUCAUUUCCAUCUUUGUAUUGGGAGGAUACUGUAGACUUACAACCUUCAUCGAUCAGCUCUGCCUGUAACAAUCUCUACCUCUUCCACUUGGUCACUAUGGCACACAUAACCCAAAUCAUUCUCACCACAACUACAGAGUGCCUGUCUGCACAAGUACAGCAUGACAGUGAGGAAGCACGAGCAGCUGAUUCUUUCUGUAAAGAAAUUUGCAGGUACACAAGUGGUUGUUAUAGCCAAACAGUUGCAGGCUGGUAUUUGUGGGAUUGCAUUAAGAAGGCCAUCAUGCCCUACCUCCGUUGUGCUGCGUUGUUUUUCCACUAUUUGCUGGGAGUGCCUCCACCAGAAGAACUUUCAUCGGUUUCAGAAGAAGGCCAAUUCAAGGCACUUUGUGGAUACUUGUCUCUACCCACCAAUCUGUUCUUGCUUUUCCAAGAAUAUUGGGCUACUAUAGAGCCCUUGCUCCAGAGGUGGUGUGUGGAUCCUGCUGUACUCAGCUUUCUGAAGGGGAAAAGUAUGGGAAUAAGGUACCCAAGAAAAAGAAAUAAAUUGGUAGACCUUCCAGAAGACUACAGUUGCCUUCUCAAUAAAGGCUCUCAGUUUAGAUGCCCUCGAUCCUCUGAUGAUGAAACCAAGCACCCUGUGUUGUGCUUGUUCUGUGGGGCUAUGCUAUGCUCUGAAAAUACCUGCUGUCAGGAGCUGGUGAAUGGGGAAGAGCUGGGAGCCUGCACUUCGCAUGCUGUCCAUUGCGGUGCUGGAGUGUGCAUUUUUCUCAAAAUCAGGGACUGCAAAGUUAUCUUAAUAGGAGGGAAAACCAGAGGCUCUUUCUAUCCUGCACCAUAUCUAGAUGAAUAUGGAGAAACAGACCCAAAUCUGGCGCGAGGCAACCCUCUGCAUUUGUGUCAUGAAAGGUACAGGAAACUCCACUUGCUCUGGCAGCAACACUGCAUCAUAGAAGAGAUUGCUCGAAGCCAGGAAACUAAUCAGAUCUUCUUUGGAUUCAACUGGCACCUGCUCUGAGUGUCAGACUCUGCUGGUUUCCUAUGACUGAGUCUCUUUAAAAUUUACACAUGAAAUAAUAAGAUGCUUAUUUUGAGGAGAAAUCCCUAGCCCACUAAACGAAACAGUUUUUGGUGGGUCAACUUUGCUUAGAGAAAUACGCAUGCACACAACCUCUCAGUGUGAUUACUGAUUGAUCAGAACCAGAAAUUGCUGGGUUCUGUAGAAGAGGGUUGGUCAGUGGAUGUCUUCGGGGGAAUUACUUUUCCACCGGAGUCUGCUUUUCAUAGGACUAAUUUAGGUGCUUCGAUUUUCCGCCUGUCAUCUUUUGAUGAAAGGAUCAGAUAAUAGUUCCCUUCGUGUAUAUCAGCAGCAGUUCAGAAUAGAACUGCUAUUACUUAAAUGACUCCACUACAUCUGAAUAUGAGAACAAUGUACUUAAACCUAUUUAAUCCUUCCUUCCACAACUCUGCAUCUGGCUUCCUCCUCCAGAUUAGCAGCACUCAGAGUAGCCACGCCCUGUGACUGCAGUGGUCUGUGAUAACAGGCAUCUAGUAAUCCAUAGGAACCAUGUGAGGAUGGAGCAGCGCAGGUAAAAAGGGCACAGGGGGGAUUUUAGAAGUUACUGAAAAUGCUUUGAGACUUGUGAGCACCCGUUCACUCAUUAAAUCACCACAAAAGCUUCCAGUUAGCUUUAAUGCAUAGCCAGAUGAGCACCUUGUAACUAUAGUUGUGCUCUCCAGCAUUGCAGCCCAGGAGUUUGGCUACCUGCUCCCAUGGGUAGCCAGAUGUUCCCCAUGGCAACCUUUCUUACUGUGGACCAUCAUAGGCCCCAGACUGCAGCAAAAGAAGCCAUUUAAAUGAGCACCUGCUCUCAAGCAGCUACUAACACCAUCUUAGAGGUUAAUAGGAACAAUUAAGUAAAAAAUGGAAAAUAGUUCAGCAUAUGUGCAAAGGGCUUUUCAUUCAGUUUUAUGUUUUUGGUUCUGUGGAGACAUCAGUGACUGCAUGUUGUCUGGUUUCAGCAUGCUGAUUCCACAAACAAGUUGUUUUCAGUAGCUCUCAAGGGUGCCCCAUUUAUAGAAGUUGAUAUUGAAAUGUUGUAGUCACAUCUUCCUUGUAUAUUGAUUAUAGCCAUAACUAUGUCAGAGGGACAUAGUGAUGAGAGAGGAAAAACUUUUCCCAAUAAGCCUUUUGUAACUAUCCCCUUCAAGGAAUCAUUCUUUUUUUGUCUUAAAAGUUAAAUUAUCCUGAUGGUGCAUUUUAUUUGUGUACUCUAGCCUUCCUACUUUCUUUUGGGGGUCUUUUGUGUAUAUUUAAGAUUUUAAGAGUGAAGAUAAGAAAAUGUGUGGGUUUGUGUGUGAGAAAAUAAAUGUUCCGAGUAUUUGAAAAACAACAACACCCAUCUCCAUUUGGCAAAGAAAGAAGACAUGACAGACAGUAGAAUCCAAAGAUAGAAUUUCACAUUUCAUAUUGUAUAAAUCCUAAUUAGUGCACUGAUGAGUUAUCACUGUUUAUAGGGUAGUGGGUGGUGGAGCCAAGGCAGCCACACUUACCUGACAUCCUGGCAAUGGAGUCUCUGCUGCCUCUCCGGGAGUGGGAGGGGCAAGGAAGCAUGGAGGUCAGCACUGUGCAAAUGCAGUGGCAGAGCCCUUCCCAAUUGCCCUUCCCAAUUUCCCUCCUGGUCAGCAGCAGAGACUUCACUGCCGAGUGGUAAAGUAAGCACCACUGCCCCACCCCACUGUCUGCUUCUGAACUACAGUGAGUUAGACUUUUAAAUUAUGUUUUGGUACCUAGAUGAUUUCUUCAAAAUCUUUGUUUGCUUAUCCACUUAAGUUUCCUUGUGCAUUUCAAAUAGUGUCCAGAAUAUUGCCAUGAAGAUCUUGUUGUUUUCUUGGAUAGUUUUCUGGGUAUUAAAAACUCUGCACAUAAACAUCAUUUUGGAAAAUUCCAAACAGAGGUUUACGCUGGUUAUAGAGGGGGGGGAAACAGUCGUUGCAAAAACAUGUGUGCUGAGAUUACUGCAAAAUGUUCCAGAAGCGCUGCAUGGUAAGAAGAUAUUAGAUAGUGUUCAUGGUGUCUUGGUCAUGUCCACUCUACUGUGAUAUGUUUUGAUUAUAUAUCCAUUUGCUCAUACUAUUAUACUUUGGAUUUAAAAGGGGAACUAUGCUUGGACUUGCCUUGCCACUGUAGAUUUAGCAUGUCCUCAGUGGUAGCUCUGCGUUAGUGCAGGAGGCUCUCACCCUGAUUUGGACACCCUGCUCUAUUUUCCCUGGGGGGGGGGUGGUUCUCACACAUGGAAGAAUCACUUCUCCUCUCCGAGUCAAAAAUAGUGAUGUGGCAAGAUCCCUCAUUCAGCAUGGUAAUUGCAAAGAGAGGCUUGUAAAGAGAUGUCCAAAGAGGAGAAUGUGAGAGCUGAUUUCACUGCGAAGUUCUCAAACAAUGGAUUGGUUCUUGAAAACAAUGAGCAUGAUUCCGGCAGCACCUGAGUUCCAUUGGUUCCGUUAGAAAGUUAGGUGCAUUCUUGAUUUUGAAAUAGGAAAUCACACUUUAAAAUGCUUAACAUUGGCUGGAUUGUACUCAGGAAGAUUAGUUUUUAAUUCAGUUGCAUGUGAACAUUGCUUUUUGCUGAAUUCAACAGUGUACAACCACAGCAGCUAGAGGUGAACAUCCUUAGUCACUUAAAGGAAGCCAAACGUUCACCCAUAAGCAGAGGGGAGAGGAACGUAGGGGAUCCAAAAUGUGUGACUCCUUUUCUUGCUGAUCAACCAGUAACUGGGAUUCUAGCUUCCUUGAUUGGGUCCUGUGCAGUCAAGCCCUGCUGUCUGAUCAGAUUGAGGAAUAAUGCAGGCAGUUGAUGUUUGUGUGCAGUUUCAUGCCCAGCUAAGGAUACACAUAUAGGAAUAUAGCUGAACAGUGCUUACUCCAGUGUUCAGUUUUUUUGUUCAGUUUACUCUGAUUAUUUUUAAUAAGCUGACUUGAGAAAAAUCGGAGGCAAAAUGAACAAACUAACUUCUGUUCUCACGUGUUUUUACUUUUCUAGCAAAUAAGCUCAUGCACAGAUGAGAGUGAAUGGUCAUUUUUAGUUUCAUUAAUUACUAUGCAGUUUAGCUCACUGUGAGGAUUAUUUGUAUUUAGUGAACACACAGUGCUAAUGCCACUGACAGGAAUCAUAAGGACCGUGAAUGGAGUUUUAUUUACAUACAUGCAUAUAUUGUUAUCCUUUAAUUGCAAAAAUGUAAAUUUGAGCCUUGUAUAAUGUUCUUGUCCUUUUAAAAUAUCUUGUAUCUGUAUAUUUAAAAAGGAAAUAAAGUAACUUCUCAUACCUUGUGGACUUCCAUUUCAAAAUGUUACGUUUCUAGACAACUGUAAUGGAUGAUAUUCAGUAAGGAAAAUGAAGAGACAAGAGUUAAGAAAUUAUCAGCCAAUAUUUUAAUGCCACCUUUUGCCACAAUGCUGAAGUGUAUCAACCAGGCAGAGCGAUAUGGCCAACAUUUUAACCAGAAAUUACACCUAUGUGUCUUCCUUAAAAAACAAACAAACCCUAAUCUGUCAUAUAAACAGCUAUGUCAGCAAUACCUGUGACUGGUACAUACUGGUGACCUGUUAUAACAAGAGUUUUAAGCACUAACUCAGUGUUUCCCAAUAGCUGAUACAUGAACUCUUCCCCAUCCCCCCCAAAAAAUCAAUGUAACAUUUUCAUUGCUUAGUGGCACAAGAAAUUAUGAAACUGUGUGUGAAACUGCCAUAACAUAACAAAAACUACAGAGAGGCAUUAGCUAAUCACAGGUCACAAUAUUUUAAGAGAAGGCAGUGGUUCACAUUUCAGCUAUAUAUCAUCAUAUAGAGUAAGUAUAUGUGAUCUAUAUAACUGUCAAGUGAGUGGAUCUUGCGUUGGUUCUUAUAUAGGUAAUGCAGUGGAUCUAUUUCCAUGUAUGGCAAGGUUGUUGUUGUUUUUAAAAAAAGUUGCUCGUCCUAUUUCUGAUUGGCUUACACAUUGAUGAUAAAUAGGAGCAUUGAUGAUAAAUAGGAGCAGAAGUCUACAACAAAUCGUAUUUAUUUCUGUAUCUGAGCAGAUGCUGCAGCUUAGAGACUUGCCUUGCUAAUGCCAUCUGUGACUUCUCUUAUGAGAAUUCGAAUAAGGACUGUGCUGCUAUUUGAGUUAGUUUUCCUUGCUUGGAACACAAAUAUUUCUAAACUCUGGAAAAUGUUGGAAGUAUCAUUGUACUGGUGCACUAGGAAAGGCUGACUUGCUCAUUUUACAUUUUAAAAAAGAAAACGAGAGAUUACUUAACAGUUAAAGCUUAAUUAAUCCGCGUUAAGUGAUCCUGGUUAUAUACUCUUACUUAAGUGAUAUGCCUUGCUGGGUCACCCUUAUUUGUGAGAAUUCCAGCAAGCUCUAGGGUAAUAGACCAAUAGAAAAUUGCUAUGGGCUGCACUCUGCCUACCCUGGGGCUAGAUGCUUACUUACAUCCAUGGUUUCCAACCUGUCAUGAUAAUCUUGGUGGCACAUGAGCACUUAGGAGAUACUAAACAAAAGUGUAUGAGAAAGAAGAAAGAAAAAUCACCCUUAGAGGUGUCAUCCUACAAGCAAUGCUGAGACUAUUCUGGGUUAGAAUCUUUUCUGCCAGAGUUUCUAAGGAAUAUGCCUGCCAUGUCUCUCCAAGUUGGGGACCCAGGUGGCACUGUGGUUAAACCACUGAGCCUAGGGCUUGCUGAUCAGAAGGUUGGCGGUUCAAAUCCCUGUGAUGGGGUGAGCUCCCGUUGCUUGGUCCCAGCUCCUGCCAACCUAGCAGUUCGAAAGCACGUCAAAAUGCAAGUAGAUAAAUAGGUACCGCUACAG